AUGUCGGUGUCCCUGUCCUCCCUCCAGACCUCCAUGAUGAUGAUGAAGGGCUAUCCUCUUCAUCACCCUCAUCAUCAUCCUCUCCCCCUUCCUCAUCCUCACCCCCAAUACAUGGACUUCUUCCAGCACAACCUGCUCCACCCUCUGAAGUCUUUGGGCCGCCUGGUUUCUGACUCUCUGCAGGGAGGAAGAGGAGGAGGAGGAAGAGGAAGAGGAAGAGGAGGAAAUCCACCUUUUAAUCUUCAGGAACACAUCCUCACCUCCUCCUCUUCCUCAUACCUCACCUCAGAUUUCUGCAGUCCGCUCAAUGAAAGCAUCUCCUCCUCCUCUUCCUCGUCUUCCUCCCCGCCCAAAGACACCCUUCUUCGGCCUUGCAGCGCAGAAAUCUCCGGGGAGAAUCGGAGUUCUUUUAAUUUCAGCGAGGAGCAGCUCUUCAUGGUUCUGUACGGAUACUCCGGGGGUCCGGAGAGGAGCGGGGGCCACGCCAUCUCCGGACUCACCCUGCCCGAAAAGAGCGUUGCUGGCUCUCACCACUUACCGCUGAACAAAAACACUCUGGAGCUUCCAGAAGGGCUGAAUCUGGUGCAGGCGUCCUGGGGAGACGUGUCUCACUGCGGUGUGUUCACUGACACCAACAACAUCCCGAAGGGGACGAGAUUCGGACCCUUCAGAGGAAAACUAGUGAACACCAGCGAGAUCAAAACGUACGACGACAACACGCUGAUGUGGGAGGUGUUUGAAAACGGCCGUCUGAGUCACUUUGUGGACGGUAGAGGGGGGUCUGGGAACUGGAUGUCUCUGGUGAAAUGCGCUCGUUUCCCAGAGGAGCAGAACCUCACGGCGGUACAGAUCCAGGGUCAGAUCUUCUACGAGGCGUGUAAAGAGAUCCGACCCGGACAGGAGCUGCUGGUCUGGUACGGAGACUGUUACAUGCAGUUCUUAGGAAUCCCUCUCACCCUGAAAGACCCCCGAAAUGAUGGAAACGGCACCGUGGAACCUCCCUCUGAAGAUUCUGAUGAGGGGUUCAAGUGUGACCGCUGUGGGAAGGUGUUUGCCUACAAAUACUACAGAGACAAGCACCUGAAGUACACUCGCUGCGUGGACCAGGGCGACAGGAAGUUCCCGUGCCACCUCUGCACACGCUCCUUCGAGAAGAGAGACCGGCUGAGGAUCCACAUCCUGCACGUGCACGAGAAGCACCGGCCGCACAAGUGCUCGGUGUGUGGAAAGAGCUUCUCUCAGUCCUCCAGUCUCAACAAACACAUGAGGGUUCACUCCGGAGAGAGACCCUACAAGUGUGUGUACUGCAACAAGGCCUUCACCGCCUCCUCCAUCCUGCGCACGCACAUCCGGCAGCACUCCGGGGAGCGGCCCUUCAAGUGCGCGCACUGCGGGAAGGCCUUCGCCUCGCACGCGGCUCAUGACAGUCACGUGCGGCGGACUCACGCGAAGGACCCGCCCCCCCCCUGCGAUCUGUGCGGGGCCAACUUCAAGGAGGACAAGGAGCGCAAACUCCACAUGAAGAACCACCUAGACAGACGAAUCCCGGACAGCACCGUUCUUCCCAUUUCUCCGGACGCUGGACUUCUGGAGAAGGAAAUUCCCAAAUCACAGAAGACGUUUCCUCACAGCGGGAUCAUGGUUUUAAAUCAGGAAUAUCGGCCCUGGAAUUAGAUGAACUGUGAACCCUGAGGUUCCAGAAAACAGGCACUACCAGGAGAGAGAGAAACAUCAAUCAGAGGUUUUUCUGAAUGUAAAUGCUGCUUAAUAAUAAAAAAAAGCUCUAUAAUUAAAAGUCUAUUUAAAUAGGCUUAUCCUAAUUUAAUUUGUUGGCAAAAAUGUCUAAAUCUAUUUAAUAUAUGUUGUUGUUUGUUGUCUUAAACUCUGUUUUGUGAACCACAAUAAUAAUAACAACUAUUAUUUAAUUAUGUUUUCGUGCAUCGACAAACGCUUGAAAAGCUAUUUUUAUCAUUGUAGGUCUGAGCCUAUUUGUGUAUAAAAUGAAUUGUUGUCUUAAUUUAUUCUGUAUAAUAAUGUUUUGUAUGUCCGGCUGCAGAAGCUUUUGUUUAUCUGAGCUUUUUCAUGAUCAACAAAUAAAAAAUCAGCGCAUGG